AUGUCAUUCGGAGAUUAUCUCAUUCUCGUCCAGAAUACAUUUCUGAUUGCGCUCAUCUCUUGUCCAACAUGGAUUCUCUGUAAAGGAAAAAAGAAGGCGUCUGGAGGCGGAGGAGCGCAGACACCGUCGAAACGAGGAUCCUCCACGGAGUCUCUUGCCGUCAAAUCUGCUAUUAAACCUGCCGUAACUGAUCCAUCUCCGAGUACACUGGGUCCAGUAAAAGAAGAAACGAAAAAUGAAGAGCCAAAAGCAGGAGAAGUGAAGACAAGUGGUGAAAGUAAGGAUGCAGGAGGAGGUGGAGAAAAAAGAGGAUCAGAUGAUGGGAAAGAUGAAGGACAAAAGGAUGAAAAAGGUUCUGAUGGCAAGGAAUCCAAAGAUCGAUCUCUGAAACCAUUCCCAAAGUUUGAAAUGCCAACUGAAAGUAAGAAAAAGAAGAAGAUGAACGAUCACGAGAAAGACAAGAAGGAGAAAGUAAAGGCUGGGUUCUAUCAGGAAAAGUCAGAUGAAGAUGAUACACUGGACAAAGUAGACAGUCUUCGAGUUGAGCAAUCGGAUAAAACGAAACGAUCGCAGAAGAAGAAAAAGUGA